UGCAUUCACAUUAAAUAUUCUUGGAAAACCACAGGUGGGGAAAGAAAAUGACAGACAAAUAACAGCGAUAGCCGAGGAGGCAGGUUGUUUUUUGAUAUAUAGCUCACUGUUGGUGUAGGUCUGACUCUGCUGAGGCGCCCGUGUGAGAUACGCUUAAGGACUAUCAGGCUAAUUAGUUGAAGCUAAAUGAAACCCCUCCGACAUGAUUUCCAUUAGUGCACCACAGCUGACUGGACAUUUCCCUGUUGGCUAGGAUUUUAACCCAAAAUCUCCAUCUGCUUAGUUGUUAAGAAAUAAAUAGGAUUACAGGUGAAAUCAUUUGGACAGUGAGUGGUGAGGUAUUAGUGACUGCAUCUAAGCUGGAUUUAACAUCAACUCAUCCCAGUCAUCCCCACUGGUGCAUCACAGUAGUGUCUACUGAACGCAGAAGGGAGCAGAGCUACUGUAGAGGACAGCCAGGAUUCAAUGCCGUGGAUUAGAAACUCAGGCCAUGGAAAUAACACUAAAGGCCUUUCCUAUGAAGGUAGUGAAUAUACCAUGGAGGAACAAUAACCUCAGCACCCUGCAUACAGACCCACCUCUGUCUGAACAAGGAGAGACCAUUAUUGGAGUCUACCUGUUAGUGCUGGGAUGGCUGUCCUGGUUUGGAAACAGUUUAGUGAUGUUUGUCCUGUACAGACAGCGGGCCUCGCUUCAGGCAACAGAUAUCCUCACUUUAAAUCUAGCCAUCUCGGAUGCCAGCAUCUCCGUAUUCGGCUACUCCAGAGGGAUCCUAGAAAUAUUUAAUAUCUUCAAAGAUGAUGGGUAUUUGAUCACAUGGAUCUGGACAUGCCAGGUAGACGGUUUCUUCACCUUACUCUUUGGCCUUGCAAGCAUCAACACCUUGACUGUGAUCAGUGUCACCAGAUACAUCAAGGGAUGCCACCCAAACAAAGCCUACUGUAUCAGCAUGAACACCAUCGCCAUAGCACUCAUCUGCAUUUGGACUGGGGCGAUGUUUUGGUCCGGCGCUCCGCUGCUGGGCUGGGGCAGCUACACAGAUCGAGGUUAUGGCACCUGUGAGGUGGACUGGUCCAAAGCCAAUUACUCCACCAUCCACAAGUCCUACAUCAUCUCUAUCCUCAUCUUCUGCUUUUUCAUCCCUGUGAUGAUCAUGCUCUCUGCCUACGUCUCCAUCAUCAACACAGUGAAAAACACCAACGCCAUGUCAGCUGAUGGCUUCCUCACCAUCCGUCAGAGGAAGGUGGAGAGAGAUGUCACGAGGAUUUCCAUUGUGAUCUGCACGGCUUUCAUCUUGGCCUGGUCGCCAUAUGCAGUGGUAUCUAUGUGGUCAGCCUGGGGCUUUCACGUGCCAAGCACAACCAGCAUCAUCACCCGCCUCUUUGCCAAGUCUGCCAGCUUCUACAACCCGCUCAUCUACUUCGGCAUGAGCUCCAAGUUUCGCAAGGACGUGUCUGUGCUGCUGCCGUGCGCCCGGGAGCGCAAGGAAGUGGUGCGUCUGCAGCAUUUUAAAAACAUCAAACCCAAGGCGGAGGCCACACCCCCACCUGCAUCACUUCCUGAGCAGGAGCUGGUGGCAAAAUACGCCGCAGGAGAGCUGAACCAAGCCCAUCCUGACAGUGACUCAGGGGUCAACAGCCCUCCUCAGACUCCUCCACUCGACACGCAGGAGGUGUUCCACAUUAACCUGCCCUCCCACAUUGAAACAUCAGAGUACUGGUGUGACAGGCUCUGACGAACUGCUGUCGAAAAUGUGAAUAAAUUAUUUUCUGAAUCUUAGGUGGGAUUUGAAGCCUGUUCAUUUCCAGUCUCUAUUUUUUUUAAACAAAUAUGCUCUAUGAUAUGUGAAUGUUGUUGUAAGGCAUUGUGGAUAUUUAUGAUAUGUUUAAAGGUGCUAUAUUUAGUUUUGGGGA